AUGAGCAUUAACGAAAGAAGUUAAAACAUUGAAAUAGGACUGGUAACUUAAGAGAACGAGCUAUAAAUACCUAUGAUUCAUAUUUCUGGAACAGAUGUUGCUACUCCACCAAAAUUGGCUAGUUUAUCACCACAGAUAUAUCCCAAUUAAGACCUUCAGCCUAUUAAGAGAAAGAGAGGAAGACCCAGAAAAGAUUAGCAAUCAAUUAAAAACACGCUGAAACUGAAUGACAAAUAAAGUCUUGUUUUGAUGAAAGAUUAGAGCAGAAUUCUAAGGCCAAGAUAAGUGAAAAGAUAGAAGGUUGAUGCACUUGAUUAUCAGAUUUCAAUUAAAAUACAAGAAUCUAAAGAUGGAAAUUUUGGUGCAAUAUACUCAAAUAUUUUUGAAGAAAUAGCAAGCUUGAGUAGUUAGGAUGAAACAGAUGAUGAGAAAAAAGCUCAAGCAAAGGAUAAGCAUAAAAAAUAUAAUGAGGAAGAAUUCCAACUAAGUCCUGAAGAAUAGGAAAAACUUGGAAAAAGAAUGUCAAAAUCUUAAUUGAAGUAGAAGAAAUUAAAAGGUUAGUUAAGCCUUUCAUAGCAAACUAAUACAACUGAGCUAGAGAUAAAUUAAGAUAAAGAUGAAAAAAUAAUUCCUCUAUUAAGAGGUGAAAUCUGUAUUAAUCCAUUUGACAGAGAAAUUAGGGAUUAAUACGGACUAAAUUUUGUUGAUUUUACAAAGAAUGACUAGGAAAAUGAAACCUAUAAACCUGCAAUGCUUUAGAAAGAAUAAUUUUUGAGCACAAAUAUAAGAGAACAUUUAAUUCAUUAAUAAUCUUAGAAAUCAUUAUUGGUUAAAAGAAUGUGCGGAGUAUCCUUUGUAGCUAAAUCUGAAUCCUAGUAAAAAGAUAUUUCUGACUAAUAUGAAUUACUUCCACCUAUUGUGAUGCAAGGAUCUUACAAUGUUGAAUAACUAACAAAGAAAGAUUAAAAAAAUAUGGUUUAAAAAGUUCUAGACAAAUUUAUAUUGGAUGAAGCUGAGUUGCUUCUAACAAUGAUGCACUCGCAUGAUGAAGUUUCCAUGAAGAAAUAUUUAUUGAAUAAAGAUUAAAGGCUCUAGAUAUGUAACUUCUAGGCUUUUAUAAUCAAAGGAGGACUUAGAAAUUGCUGGCCUUUAAUAAACGAGUCAUGCUUUAUGAGUGUAAACUUAAAAUAUGACUCUCAAAAUCUAAUUCAAAAUCUGGAGUAUAAUCAGGAAUAAGACUUAGAUCUUCAAUUAGCAAAAUAUAUAAAGGAGAGUGAUCUAUAAAUUGGAAUACUUUUUAAAAAGGGAUUCGCAUCAAAGGAUAGCUUCCUAAAAUCAUAUAAUUAAGAUUCAAUGGCUGAAAAUCUAAGAAAAGAAAGGAGAAAUAAAGACCUGACUGAUGUGUCAAGUAAAAGUUUUAAAAACAAUUAAGUUCUCAAAGUUGUUGGAAUAGAUAUUGACAAUCUUGACUAGAAUGGAGUAAACAUCAAUGCCAUGAUUGCUAGGCUUGAGCUGUAUGUUGAUGAGGAUAAAUGGUGA